AUGGCCUUCUCGGGCGCACUCACGCUCACCGAUCUCAACGACUACCUCGGCCCAUCGCAGGCAUGCAUCAAACCCGUCGAAGGACCCGAUGCACCUGCGCCUGAACCCGAACCACUCGAUGCGGCAGCCCAAGCCUCGACGCAGAUCGCCAUCGACCACGACGGAUCGUACUACGAGUCUUCGGCUUCCACCAGUACCGCAUCCAAGCCUAGGGAGAGGACAAAGCUCGAAACGGCUGAGAUUUCGCUCAACGACUGUCUGGCAUGCAGUGGAUGCGUCACGAGCGCCGAGAGCGUGCUCAUCACCAUGCAGAGCCAGGAAGAGCUGCGUCGUGCCGUCGGGGAGUUCCGCGACGCUGGCCAACCAAGCUUGCUGGUGGCAUCGAUCAGCCCGCAGUCGCUCGCAUCGCUGUCGGCCAAGUACACCUUCAACUCGGCGCACUCGCAACUGCCGUUGGAUGUCCUGCUCCAUCGCAUCUCGCACUUUCUCAGCGCCAAGUUCGGAUUCGACUACGUCUACGACACCACCUUUGCGCGCCACAUUGCACUGCAAGAACACACGAACGAGUUCUUUGAGCGUCGAUCCAAUUCGAGCGCAGGCGGGGAGGGACCUUCGCUGCCCAUGUUGGCGAGCGCGUGUCCGGGCUGGAUCUGCUAUGCCGAAAAGACGCACGGCGAGUUGCUGCCGUACAUCUCGACCACCAAAUCACCACAACAACUCGCAGGCGUCAUUGCAAAGCGCUUCCUUCCACAUCGUCUUGGUCUUGCUGCCGAGACGACUGUCUACCACGUGACGGUGAUGCCGUGCUACGACAAGAAGCUCGAAGCGUCGCGGCCGGACUUCUACAACGAGGUGACGCGCAGCAAGGACGUCGACUGCGUCCUCACCACGGGAGAACUCGACACGCUCAUGCACGACGAAGGCUUCGACAUCACCCAACCCCUCCCCAACGAACACGAUGCCCUGUCGCACCCUUCGACUAGUGCAGUGACAUUGCCACGGCUGCUGGAUCAGCCGGGUAGCAGUAGUGGCGGCUACAUGUUUGCCCUCAUGCGUGCCGUGUGGGCCGACUGGAUCGCACACAAUGCCGAUCGGCUGCCUGAAUCGGUGCGCUCAUCGGGGGUGAUGCCCAAACUCGACGUGCGCGUGAUCCGAACCGCCGACUUUACCGAGUACCUCGUUCGCGAUCCGGUUUCGUCGAGCAUUGUAUUUCGGGGUGCGCAGUGCUACGGCUUCCGCAACCUGCAGAAUCUGGUGCGCAAGCUGCAGAAGCAGACGGGCGCGCGCUCGGCGCGAGGUGCAGCGGGCAGACUCGUCGAUGCCGACGGCAACACGCUCGGCCCCGCACGCAAGGCAGCACGCGGUCGCGGUCGAGGCGGCAUGGUCAGGCGAGGCAGAGCAGCGGCCGGAAUGGCAGGGGCGAGGAGCAGUCCACUCAAUCCCGAAGCUGUGGCUGUCGAAGCGGCAGAGGAGGAGCGAGGGUACGACUAUGUCGAGGUCAUGGCGUGUCCGUCCGGCUGCGUCAAUGGCGGAGGACAGAUCCGACCGCCUACCGAAGCCACCACCACCACGGACCCCGAGGGCUAUUCUCAGGGCUGGGCGACAUCCACCGACACUGACGAAGCCAUGCUGGGGAAAACAUGCAUCAAGCAACCCACCUCGGACGACGUGGACAUGGACGGGGAAAAGGAAAUCAAGGGCUGGCAGGGCACGACGAAAGAAUGGGUGCGUCGCGUCGAGCAUGCCUACUGGCAAAGCUCAGCUGUCGCCCACCCACCGGUCAGCAUCGCCUCGUCCUCCUUGGGCUCCUUGGGGGUGGACUCGGGUGCGUCCACGCCGACACUUGCAAGUGGAGCCAGUACGCCGCUGUCGAGCAGCAGCGCAAAGUCGAUCCGCAUCCAGGACCAUCAGCGUCUGCUCGAGGCGCUCACCCAACCCGAACGCAGUGAUCAGGCUGACCAGCUGGCAGUUGGCGUAGUGGACGAGCUGUGCCAGUUGGAAGCUCGCAGUGCGUUGCUGCGCACACAGUACCGCGCCGUCCAGGACGAGGCGGUGAAUGGUCUGGCCGUGCAGUGGUGA